AUGCAACCAUCAACUUCUUUAUCUUCGAUAUCUUCAAAUAAUUCAUCAAUCUAUGGUUCUCAAACAAUUCUCAAUGUAGAGGAUUUACCUUUAGCUGCACCUCGUUGUCGAUCAUCAAUUAUAUCUUCUCUUGAUAAUGAACAAACAAUUUUCUCACCAAAUCGUCGUCGUACACAACAACUUUCAUCAAAUCGAUCAGUAACGAAAUGUCGUCAUCUAUUUCGUACUUGUUUAUCAUCAACAUCAACAUCACUUUCUCUAUUAAUUCAAAAGAAACUAUCCGAUCAUACAUUUCGAAAACAAUAUUUUACUAAAUUAUGUCGUAAUCAUCAAUUACUUCUUGUACUUAAUGAUUAUCAAUGUAAAUGUGGUUGUCAUUUUUCAAUGAAACAAGGUACAUUUGUAAUAUUAUAUGAAACAAAAACUGAAUUCUCAUCUUUACAAUCGAAAAAUCAACUUGUAACUGUUAUAUCCAAUCAUCUUAUAUGUUCAAAAGUACCAUCACAUUUUAUAUGUGAUAUGGACAUAUUACGUGAACGUGUUCGUUCUAGAACUUCUUGUAAUAAUGAACAAAGUUUUGAUUUGUAA